ACGGACUCGCGGAGAGGCGUCUGUUGGAGCAAGGUGCAUUGUAGCUGUACAGAGUGCCCAGUCCCAGCCAUCUCGACCAUGAAGGCCACCAUCCUCCUCCUGCUCCUGGCCGCAGCCAUGUGCUGCUGUCCUGGCAACGCAGCACCCAAAGACCCGUCCGGCACCUGGGAGAAGCCGGCAUGUGACAAGUACUUCCCGGGAAGCGGCUGCCCCCGGAUCCUGGAUCCCGUGUGCGGCACAGACCUCCAGGUGUACCCCAACGAGUGCGUGCUGUGCGUCCAGAACCGGGAGAGAAACACCGACGUGCAGAUCAAGAACCGCGGCUUUUGCUGAAAAGCGCCCGUGUGCUUGGCCUCCGCCCCAGCCUGGCCGCAGGGAGCAGCACCUCCUUGAAAAUCCCGGCUGCAGACCCCAAGAAAACCCGAUAAACCCCUCAGACGCCGGGAAACCCCAGUAAAACCCAAGCAUUGCA